AAGGACAAAGUUUGAACACCAGUGCUGCUGCUGCCGGGCCAGUCAUCGCAUAGAGCUGUUGCCGAGACAUCUCCUUCGGUCAUGAUCCGGCUGCUGGACAUUUUCCGGACUAGGAUUUUCGCCAAAGUAGUGCUACACUCAAAACCGGUAGGGAAAACCCAUAAACCCUUUCGAAAUGCAAGUACACCACCGUCGGGAUGUCGGCUACCGUUGGCCGAGUAAUUCUGAAUCGAAUUUUAGCGCAGCGGAUACGGCCAAGGGGAAAACGAAGGAGCUGCUGCUGGCCAUCAGACCAAACGUCUUCGUUCGGCUGCUGUGCAAACGGUCGAAGAUCUCCUGUUUGCCGCCAAAGAGUCUCGUAUGGCACCGCCCGGUUCGACUUACAACCAUCAACAGCAGCAACAAGACGGCUACGUCUCUGUGGCUUCCAUGAAGUACAGGAAACUACAACAAGUAUUGUUGGGCAAUAACAAGUUUGAAAAGAAAAUCAUCCUCGGUCUUGGGCUACUAUCAUUUUUAUGUUUUUUACUCAUCACUGCGGUACUUUGGAACGGUAUGAACUCUAACUGGACAACGUGUCAGAGUGACGAGUGUUUGAUAUCAGCCACGACCAUUAUGCAAUCGAUGAACGCGGCUGUUGACCCUUGCGACGAUUUUUACGAAUUCGCGUGUGGCAACUGGCAAGACCGUUAUCUGCCCGGAUCUGGACAAGUCAACUCGUGGUUUAUCGAAAGGACUCGGUACAUUUCAAUGGUAAUUACAAGAAUUUUGGAGGAAUGGGAUCAUAAAAACGAUUUAAGAUCCCUUAAACAAGCCAGACUUCUGUACAGAACUUGUCUCAAUACAGAUUUACUAGACGAGGUCGGGUACGAGCCGGUGUAUAAGAUACUGGAAAAAUUGGGACUACCCAGGACGUUUCCGGACUUUACCACCGCUACCUACGCGAACGGAACUACAUUCAACAUGGCUAGGACUUUGGCUCUGGCCCAGCGAUACCUCAGCGCCGAUAUCCUAGUGCAGUUGUCCUUAGAACCGGAUCCUUUCGACAAGAUAUCCGCCCUAUACUUUGCACCUGCCACCGGCACCAGUGCUCCGUUGCCCGACGUACUGGUGGACUACGGUGAACAACGACGGCUCGCCAUGGCCACAGCGGAUCAGACAACAGCUCGUGCGGUCCUUUUGCUUAAGGUCCGCUACAUGAUAUCCGUUAUAGCCGAACUAACCCAAGACGAUAACAACAACGUCACUUCGAUGGCCGUAAUAGCUCUGAAAAUUCUCAUUUUGGAAUCGAAAUUGAAACGAGAGCACACUGACCAGGGCGCACCAACUAAGUUUACAUUUUCAGAUCUAAGCUCAUUCAUGACAUCAAAUUCUUCGGACGUUUUAGAUGAAAACACGUUCGAUUGGUCUUCGUAUAUUCAAGCGUUGACCGAAGGUACAAACAAAACGCUAACAAUGGACGACGUGGUGUACGUUCGAGAUCCGGAGUACUUUUUAGGUCUUCAGUCUCAAAUGACAAGCACGUCUAUAGAAGAAUUUCAACAACUUGUUUGGUGGAAAAUCGUCGAAAUACUUAUACCUCAUACGACGACUAAAAUGAGAAAACUAAAAUCAUCGUUUAUCGAAUCGAUAUACCAAACAGACAAAAAACCCACCAGGUCGUCCGUAUGCACGGAAAUCACCAAAACGUUCCUCAACAUGCCAAUAGCUUAUGCCUUUUAUCGACGAGACGGUCUGCACGACACCUCGAUGAAGGUUCGCGAAAUGCUCGGUCAACUGCAAAAAGCGUUCAAGACUAUGAUCAUGGCAUCCCCAUGGACGGACAGAACGACCAAACUGGUGACUUCUCAAAAGGUCGAUGCCAUCCAAGCGGAAAUAGGAUACCCGAAGAUAUUCGAUUCCCCUUCGGAGCUCGAGAAACUUUUCCAACACGUAGACAUCAAUGAAGACCAGUUCCUUCAGAGCAUGUUGGACAUCAAAGCGUUCGAAGUGGCCAGGGUGAUCGAAGAAAUCGGAAAUCCCAUUGCUAAAAAUACACCACAAUCCACUCUGACGGAUCCGUUGGAAGUCAACGCGUUCUACAGUAGAACGCACAACUCAAUCACCAUUCCGGCGGGAAUCUUACAAAUGCCGUUUUUCUACAAAGGAGUCGAUGUUAUCAAUUACGGAGCCAUAGGAUCGAUUUUGGGACACGAAAUGACACACGGAUUCGAUAUAGAAGGGAAAAACUACGACGUUAACGGCAAGAAGACCAUGUGGUGGGGACAGCAGACGAUUCGGGAAUAUGUGAAACGAGCUCAGUGUUUCAUCAAAGAAUAUGAUCAGUUUUCGUUGACUAAAAACAUUCGGCUAAACGGCACACAAACGUUGGCCGAAAACAUGGCCGACAAUAUCGGACUUAAACAGGCGUGGUUGGCGUAUAAAAUAUACCAGUCGGAACACCAAGAGCGACUGCCCGGACUCAAAGGGUUCACCAACGACCAACUGUUCUUUUUGGCGUACGCCAAUGUUUGGUGUCACAAGACCAACGCCAAGUUCAGCGAGUUGCAAGCGAACGACGAUCACAGUCCAAACAACAUACGAGUAAUCGGUUCGUUGAAAAACAAUUAUGACUUUGCAAACGUCUGGAAGUGUCCGGCCAACAGUCCAAUGAAUCCAAGCAAUAAGUGCGUCAUGUGGUGAAUAGAAAUAACGAUAAUAAUAAUGUAAACUUAUGCGAAUUUUGUGUAA